GUUUGAAUUAGUUCUACUCGUCCUUGCGCUAUUCUCGACCAUCUACCUUCUUCGCGUUGGAAAUUCAGUAAACGCUACCUUUAGCUCUCAUGUGGAUCUCUUACUAAAUGAACAUGUCAAAGAACACAACCCUCGGAAACCGAUGCCAAAUUACUCUGAUUCCGAGAAUGAAAUCAUAGACAGAAUUGCCCGGAAUCCACACCCUCAACGGCUUCCUAAAAACGACGAUUCUUCGAGUAGCAGGGAGUCUUCGCCAGAUAGCGUUCGGAAGCAAAAACGAUCUUUUACACCCACUUCGGAUGAUGACCUCCAAAUUUCACCUAUCCCUGACGAUGACACUCCCCCACCCCCCGAAAAACCCGUCCUUCGACAAGCCCUAGGUUUCGCUUCAGCGUUCGGUGGUAUUUCAACUUCUGCUACACUUAACACAUAUCAGGCCAAACCCACAAACCCUGGGAACGCUAAAUUUCUUCCUGGCCAAACCGUCUUUCCUGCUUCUACUACGAAGAAAGUUAAGGCCUCUGGAACCAAAACGAAGAAAACAAAGAAAAAGGACUACGCUACACAAACAGGCAGAUUCAGAUUGACGGAUUGGACUUCAUCACCAAACAACGCAUCUGCUUCAGAAUCCCCACCAGCUCCGACUUCAAGUUCUACUCAACCUCCUCCUCCCGCCAUGUCUAACGUAUAUUCCUUGAUGAACAACAACCACAACGGGAAUGGAUAUGGUUCAAAUUCCUACUCUUCGUCUACACAGGCUUCACAAAUCAGUACAAUGUACUCUGUUCCUCCCCCGCCAAUCAUAAACAACACCACACCAUACUUUUCCAAUACUCAACAUGUGUCUACGACUUUCACUCCAACUUCCGCACCCCCAGCUUCUGUCACUGGCCGAUUUUCUGCGACCAAACUUUCAACGGAUACACAAAUAGGCUCUUCCAAAGGGAAAUUACUCGAAAAAGCUAAAGCCACGCCCUCCACAGUUACCGCGAAGGUCAAGCAGAAGGAUAAGCCAGCAGCAAAUUCGAGCAACAGAAGUAUUGAUUCAGCUGAUAAUCUUUCCCGAUCAACAACCUACUAUCGUCGGGACUACGAAAGCCAAGUCGACCUUGAUGCUAUGAGUACGUCAGGUGCUGGACCAUCCUCCCCAGAAAUCCCUUCGCAUCUUGUUCCAAAAGGAAAGUCUGACCACCUCUCAAUCAAGCAAUCAAAGCCAUCCCGACCCGCAUCUCGGAUGGUCACAGUCUUGAUAACUGAUGUUCGAAGCGGCAAAGAGGAUCAUCAACUAACUGAGGUCAUCGUACCUCUGAAGGACACGGAUCCUGAAAAUCCCGAAUACGGAUUCUGGGCAAAUGCUCAAGAGGUGGUCGGCAAGCUUCAAUCUUCUCCUGCUAGGAUUGAGGGUCCGGCACGCGCUUACACUAUGAGGGGGAAAUAUAGGCAAAUUUUUAUGCGAGUGGUAGAAGAUGGAACAAUCGAGGCAGUACCGGUAAAUAUCAGUGUUUCCUCAGAGAGGAUACUGGAAAUGGUUGUCGAGAAGCUUCCUUCACCAGGCGAGCUCCCAUCGCCACCUCGUAUUCCACGAGAUCUACGACCAAGCCCUGACCCAGAUGAGUUAUCUUCGUACUCUCAUUCUCAUGAUUCCCGGGAUAAUAAGAGGGACCGUAAACGAUAUCGUUCGCCAUCCGAUGGUGGGGAUAGACUAAAUGGGGACUACGGAUCUCGUUCUCGCUCUGGCUCAGUAUCACAUCAGAACAAGAAGAGACGGAAAGUCGAUGAAGAGGAAGUGAUUGAGGAUAGUGAUGCAGAUCUCUUCACUACUCCGUUGACUGGGAUUGGUCAAGAAUGGAAUUUUGACUACGAAUCCCCAACUUCUGACGACGAUGAAAAUCUGGAUGCGAAGAUCGUUGAGAGAAUUGAUCCUGCGCUGCAGAUGCAUCCUACUCCUGGGCUGUGGGAAAGUGUAUUCAAAAUCAAAGCCAGACUUCCUCGUGUGCCGGCGUAUGUAGAAUUGUAUCGCAUUCUACAGGCCAUGUUCAAGCGAUACGAAGGGCGGAGAGUUCCUUUCAAGAGAAAUCGUAAUAUUAGGAUACAGAAGGCUCACAUCUUGAAGGCCCUGCGAGUUUUGGAUCAAGACGACGAGCAUUCUGAUUUAUCGGACCCAGACAAAAUCUAUUCUAACUGUGUGGAAACAUUGAAACUCAUAUCACUAUAUGGGCCUGAGGGUACGCGGUUGCAGGAUGUCCGUGUUCAGGAAAUGAUGAAGGAUGAAUCUACCCCGGAGAAAUACUCCAAACCUCAGAAACGGUUUUUGAGGCUCCUGCGCGAGAUUGACGAGAAGUGGCAGGCGGAACAUGUAGGACACGUGGCAACAAAUGAACAAACUAAACAGGCUGAGGUGGAAGCCGAGAAACCUUCAGCUCAACCCUCAUCUCAAAUACCGUCUGCGGAAGGCACGGUUUCUACGGUCACUGACAGAGGGAGCAGUGCUACUUUAGAUUCGAAUUAAUGAUAGCGCUAUAAUUCAAUGACAUGAGAUUCAUAACAUGAGCUACCGUCUCUACACGUCCAAGUUUGCCUACCAUCUCCUCGAGGGACGCGCUCGCUCUUGGAUUGACGUAUGAGACCAGCGGUUUCCAUUUGGAACCACUAUUAGCUCGCUGAUGGCGCCGUGUAUCUACUUAUCUGUAAGCGCUUGGCACAUGCAGAAUCUACGUAUCAGUGGGUGACUUCCCGGGACUGUUGAUGGGACCCUCGCUUACACCAAAAACCAGUUUACAACAGGGUAGGGAGGCCGUUGUAAGUUGGUUUUGAUGCAGUUUUUGCGAAGCCGCUGUCCGGCCAUCUUCGCUUAGGUUCGCUUAUAUUGGUGGCACAAAUUAAUUGUCUGGUGUCCUGC